AUGAACAAAGGCCAAGAAGAACUUAUAACAACAGCUGGUGGUAAAACAACAGGAGCAACUGGAACUGCAAUAACAACAACAAGUAGUCCAGAAACAAAGACAUCCACAAGAGUCGUAACAUAUUCAGAAACACCAUCGUCACCAUCAACACAAACAAGUCCGAAGACUCCAACAGAACAAAUAACAACAGCUGGAGGUAAAACAACAGGAGCAACUGGAACUGCAAUAACAACAACAAGUAGUCCAAAAACAGAGACAUCUACAAGAGUCGUAACUUAUUCAGAAACACCAUCACCAUCAACACAAACUAGUCCGAAAACACCAACAGAACAAAUAACAACAGCUGGAGGUAAAACAACAGGAGCAACUGGAACUGCAAAAACAACAACAAGUAGUCCAGAAACAGAGACAUCUACAAGAGUCGUAACUUAUUCCCAAACACCAUCACCAUCAACACAAACUAGUCCGAAGACUCCAACAGAGCAUAUAACAACAGCUGGAGGUAAAACAACAGGAGCAACUGGAACUGCAAUAACAACAACAAGAAGUCCAGAAACAGAGACAUCUACCAGAGUCGUAACUUAUUCUCAAACACCAUCUUUACCAUCAACAGGAAUAGAAACAACUGUCAAGUUUACUAAAACUACCAGAAGAGAAAGUACAUCAUUCGGUACAACCGAAGUAAUACCAACAGAGGGAACAACUGAACGAGUAACAACUGCUGGGGGCAGCACGGCAGCAACGACUAGAAUUCAAACAACACACAUGAAAACAACAAAUGUCAAAACUUUACCUGAAACAACAACCAAACCAAUGCAAACAACCCACACAAUACCAAGAUCAACAACAUCAGCUUCAAUCACAACCAGGAGUACUUCCUUGUUAACACAGGAAACAACACAACCAAUUACCAUAACGCCUUCAACAACAACAAGUGUGAAAACAACAGUUAAAGGUACCACACCGAUUACUUCGGAAAUAAUGACUUCAACCACAGCAGCCACAAUUUCCAUGACGCCACACAUUUCAUCUACUACUACACAAACAACUACAGCUAUUACUAUGGUCGAAACUGCGGCAACGACGCCAAAAAGUACAGUGAAAACAACAGUUAAAGGUACCACACCGAUUACUUCGGAAAUAAUGACUUCAACCACAGCAGCCACAAUUUCCAUGACGCCACACAUUUCAUCUACUACUACACGUAAAUAUAUUCAAACACCUUACAUUAUUUAA